CAGUCAGCCAUGGAUCAUUGUUGUCAUGCUUUGCUUUUUCCCUUUGCUGCUAUAACCAUUACGGCUGCUACUUUUCUUCCCUCAUUAUUGCACCCUCUGGCCUGUGCCCCUUCCUCUCCCUAACUAACUCUCUCUCUCUCUCUCCCCUUCAAUUCAUCAUCGUAGCAAUCGCCAAUCGCCUGUCUCUGCAUUCUUCAAUACGCUUGCUGCUCUGUUUCUGGCAAAUCUUCAGUCUGACUUUCAAACUGCUUCAGGAGGUUAAUAUUGUCGUAUAAUUCUGGGGAUUUAGGGGACCUGCAAUAGCCUCUUGAAUAAUUGCAACUCGUGUUGAACAUUGCGAUAAAAUAUUCUAAUUCAUGAAGUUUCAUACCGAUGAUCUAUGAGUACGUUGCAGCUGUUUUGAGAGAUUAGUUCUUGUUGUAUGGGAAGCUUGUAUGACAUUCUUGACAUUACGGAGAGCUUCAUGGCCAGGAAAGCUGCCGCACACAAGAGACAUGGCAGCGGCCUGGAGGCUCCUCGUAAUAGUUUGGAAUUGCCGAUGGAAAAGUGCUAUGGCUUUUAUGCUGCAAGAGAUAACAUACUGUAUGGUCAUCACAUUGCAAAGGAAUCAUCUGCCCCGGAUCGUUAUUCCAUGGAGGUUCCUCUUAAGAAGUUAAUCAGUGAUGAUCUUUCGAAAAGGCCAGAUCCCCCACUAAAUGCACCAAGUGUCGUGGCACGCCUUAUGGGAGUUGAUACAUUGCCUGUUGAUUCUAAAUCCACGCAACGGCAGGUUUAUGAGAAGACUGAUAAAAUCCCAACUAGGAAGUCGAUGGAUAAGCCUGAAUCCAAGAAAGAUUCGGUUGGUCACACCCGCUCUUUCACAGAUUGGUCUCUUCAGUCUGAUAUUGAUUCCUUUGGGCAGUACGAUGACAUGUAUUAUCCCAAGCAGUUCAGCAGCCGUACGAAGCCGAGCAAGCCUAAACGUAGAGAACAUCCUCAGGAGGAGGAACUGCAGAAAUUCAAGAAAGAGUUUGAGGCCUGGCAAGCUGCACGAUUCAAUGUAUGUUCUAACGUGGGGAAAUUUGCCUGUGAUCCGGCUCAGUUCAUCGCACAGGAGGACCUCAACAGAGAAAAGAUGUUUCUCAACACCAGGAAAAUCGCAAAUGAGGAGAGGCCGUGGGAAAAUUACGGAGAACUAAGUUCGGUUGAAAUGCUUGCAUUGGAGAGUUGCAAAAAGAAAGUCUUGUGUAAUUCAGCCGAGUGGAAGGAAUCUCUGCACGCAAGUAGAGCAUCAAGACCCGAGUUUCUGGCCUCGCGUCUUGCAAGUUGUAAUGAGAAAUUCGAUGUUGUAUCUGCUCCAACCAAGAUUGUGGUAUUGAGGCCUGGACCGGACAGGAUGCAUAUUAAUGAGGAUUCGUAUAACAAUACUCCUAGUGCUUCUGAAGAUCGAGUUGAUAUUGAAGAUUUUCUCAAGGAGGUGAAGGAAAGGCUGAAAUCGGAGCUGCAAGGUAAAACAUCAAAAAAGAGCACAACAGCUAGAGGAGGAGGGAUCGAGACGCCUUACCGAGAAAAGCCAUCAGAGCCAAAGAGAAUAGCUCAGCGUAUUGCACAGGAGGUGCGGGACAGUGUUUCGAGGGAUCUUGAGUUGAAUUUGCCUCGUUCUGAGUCGACAAGAUCAUAUAGAAGUGAAAGCCACUUAAAUGGAUCAGAUUCUCCUGAGUUCAUUAACAGAGAUACGAGGAGAUACUUGGCGGAGAGGUUGAGGAAUGUCCUUAAAGGAGAAACACACGGGGAAGCUCCAACAGUUGUCCGCAACAGGUCCAGAUUAUCAAUGCCUGAUCAUGAUAAGGGUGGAGCUGUUCAAUCAAGGGUUGCCUGGUGUGACGGUAGCAUAGGCUUUUCCGAAAGUUUUGCAACUGAAUUAGAAAAGCAGAGCAGAUCUUUCAGAGGGGAACCCGAUGAGGCUGGAAUGCAGCAAAGGGAUCUGUCUCCCAGGAACCUAAUCCGAUCUUUGUCUGCGCCAGUAUCAGGAACAUCAUUCGGGAAGCUCCUUCUGGAGGAUCGACAUGUCUUAACAGGGGCACAUAUCCGGAGGAAGCACGAAGUAAUUGAGAAGAUCUCAGUGAACAUUAAGAAACCAAAAAAGGAUAAAUUCAACAUAAAAGAAAAGGUUUCUAGCUUUAGAUACAGUUUGACGCUCAGAGGGAGACUUUUCCGUAGGAGAGUUAAAUCAGUCGACGGAUUGGAUCCAGAUAGAAACUACCCCUUCAAAGAUUUGGCGACCGGACCGACUGUGAUGACGAGUUUCUGCGAAGCAAAUGAGAACUCGACUGAAGUGCCGCCAAGCCCGGCAUCAGUUUGCAGUAGCAUUCACGAAGAAUUCUGGAGGCCGACUGAUUACUUGAGCCCGAUAUCAUCGACAGGCGCAAAUCAUUUGGAGGAUAGUGAGAUGUCACAUGUUUUCAGAGAAAUAAACUCCAACUUGAUCGAGCUAAGAAGGAAGUUGAAUCAGUUCGAAAGUUCUGUUCAAGACGAAGCUGUUAGCGAACAGAAGCCUGCUGCUCCCAAAGAAGUAGUUGUCGAGGACGAAGUCGAAGCCUACAUCAGAGAUCUGCUCAUAGCUUCUGGUUUGUACGGCGGCUCAUUUAUUCGAUCAAUGACAAAAUGGGAUCCGCUCGGUAAGCCUAUUAGCGCAGAAGCCUUUGAAGAAGUCGAAGCAACAUAUGGACAAAGUGCGAAAACAGAUGAAUUCUGUAGUAGGAAAGAUCACGAAGAUAGAGGCGAUCGCAAGAUGAUUCUUGAUUUGCUAAACGAAGUGCUCCCGGCUACGCUUAGGGAACCCGUAAAGACUUCCAAAUAUCUGGAAAAGGUUAUCGGAAGCGUUCAUAAGCCCCCCUACGGAAGAAUGCUGCUCUCCCGUGUAUGGGAUAUCGCCCGAGAGUACAUACACCCUCCCGCGGAUCGAUCUUGUUACACUCUCGAUUACAUGUUGGCCCGAGACUUAAAGUCGGAGCCGUGGUCCCAAGUUGUGGAUGAUGAUGUGAGUGGUCUUGGUAGAGACAUCGAAUGCUGGAUCAUCGAAGAUGUGAUCGAAGAAAUGGUCGAGGAUAUGCAAAUGUAGCGAAGAACAAAGAAGAUGUCCGAAAGAAAAGAGUGUUGUGUUGCGUAGAGUGUGUGUAUAGAAGAAAAUACUGUCUGUAGAAACUCAAAACAGUCUUUGUAUUUAUUGUAUUUGUGAAUUAUGAGUGAGUGAGUGAGUGAGUGAAAAACAGAAGAAGAAAUUUAUGGUUUUUAUUGAGUGAUGAUUCUAUUAACACAUUACUGAUUGAUUGAUUACUUUCGAUCUA